GUUGAAUGUGAUGCUAGUGUGAUGGACGGACGCACCCUGCGGCACGGGGCAGUGGGUGCUGUGCCGGGGGUGAGGAACCCUGUGCUGCUGGCCAGACAGAUCCUGGAGGCCCAGUCUCAGCCACUGCCAGGGGGCCUUGUACCACCAAGUUUUUUGGCAGGCUCGGGAGCUCAGGUAUGGGCUGCUUCCAACAAUAUUGAGACUUGUGAGCCAGCUGAGUUAAUUGCUGAGAGGUCGCAAAGGAUCCACGAAGAGAGCCUGAGGAACAUCCAAAGAUUGGAAGAGGGAGGAGCCAAGAGGAGAAGGUACGCUUUGCCCGAAGAAGAGGAGGAAAUGCAGGGUGGUUUGCUAGACACCGUUGGUGCAGUGUGUGUGGACAGCUCGGGCUACAUAGCAAGUGCUGUUUCAAGCGGGGGCCUACUCCUCAAACACACAGGCAGAGUGGGCCAGGCCGCAGUCUAUGGCUGCGGAUGCUGGGCAGAGAAUAACUGCGAUGGCAGUGGUGUCAGCAUAGGAGUGAGUACAACCGGAUGUGGGGAGCACCUCAUCCGUACCAUGUUUGCUAGACUCUGUGCCCGGGCAGCCAUCUCACCGCACCUUGGUUCCAACAUCAUUGAGACGGUCACCACACACUUCCUGGAAUCCGAUUUUUUGGAGGGUGUUCAUCCACGGAUGGCCGGGGCUCUGAUCCUCCGACACGACCCACAGGGAGCAGUGAGUGACCUGUACUGGCUUCACACCACACGUACGAUGGGCGUCUGCUACAUGACCACCAACGACCGUAAACCACAGGCCCAGUUCUCAGAGCUCGCAGAAGACAAGAUUGGUAUCUCAGUAAACCUCCAGUGCAAAUCCUUUGGAGCUGGUGUUCCUGUGACCACCUCCCAGGAGCUCCAACCUGGUCCCUCGCGUGUGGGCUUAGGGGGCCUCCUAUCAGGGGAAGAAGAGCACAGCAAGAGCGAGUCCAGUGACGACGACGAUGAACCAGGGUAACAGAGAGGACAGAAGAGACAGAGAGAGGAAUCUUAGAAAAGGGAGAGAUGUUUCAUGACAAAAUGGAAGUUUUUUUUUUCUCUCUCUCUCUCCAUUCUCUCUCCCUUUUGCUCUCUCUUUCUCUUAACCCUUAGUAAGAAAAAGAAAAGAAUAAAAAAUGAAUAAAAUAUAUGGAAGAACAAGCUGGAGGUGAGUUUACCGAGCAAUGAAGAAGAUUCACUGACGAUGUUGUAAGAGCUGUAUUGGAAUAUUGUAACGGGAAAGAUUUGCAGUUUUGGAAUACUUGAAGUGCGUUUAAAUCUAUAUUGGAACUGGCAUCAAAUGCUCAGAGAUUCCCAGGGUAAUGAUAUUUUACAAUGAUAUUGUAAUAUGCAGCUGUUUUUUCAGGGUAUGAUCCUUUAACAAUUGAAAAAUGUUCUCAAAGUGUGUCGUAGUUUUGUCAUUCUGGUUCAGUGUUCAUUGUAAAACGCUUCUGCCUGGAACCACAUGUUUAUGGGAGGUGUUUUCAAGAUGAUUUUCCAUCUCUUCAGGGUAAAUGUGAGACAGUCUGGCAACUGCUGCAUUUCAAAAUCACUCUAGGAUUAAGGUUCUCUUAACUGUCACUGCCAAACGUGCACAGCCACAUACCAGUAUUUUCCCAGCAUUUCCAUAUUAACACAGUUCUUUCCAGAAAGUGCAUUACAAGCCUGUGGUAGCCGGGUGAGUAGGUUGUACCUCAAACCUAUAUCCUACGCUUUGGAAGCCACAAAAUUUCUCCCCAAGAGAUCUUAUUAUCCACGGGGGCCUUAAGAGUUGUACGGAAUUGCUAUCGGUGCGAAAGCUCACUACUUUGGCAUGGCAGUUGGUGUUAAUAAUAGAAUUGCAUAUGUCCGUUAUGGUGCAUAUGCACGUCAUGCCUUAUUAGGAGCUGCAGAUAUACCUCAUAGAGAAUUUCCUGACGAGCUCACUGCGCCUGGAGAGCGUACGACUCGUGAGAAGAUUGUGUAUGGGGGUAAGUUACUCUCCCAGCAACAGAAGAAAAAAAACCUUACUCAGGUACCACAGGUGUUAUGACUGCCACACAGGAACCAUACGCUACCUCAGUUGUGCCACCAACCAACAGUCCUUCACUGGCCUGCAGCAUGUCCCCCUAGAGACAUUAUGCAAAAGAGUCCUUAGCUCUCCUUCAAGGCUUUUAUACUCUAGGUAUUUGCAGCAAGGAAUGAUUAUGAUGAUAACAACAACAUGAUUAAUGAUAUUUUGGAUAUAUAAUUAUUAAGGACAGUAAGCUUACUGUUUCUUAGCUCUAAGUAGGCAGCUAUAUGGGACCAUUUGUUGCAAGGUCACUGAAGGACUGAACCGCUCAGGGUGGGCUUAGGAGGGGACGUCACACGUACUGUUGCUCAUGCUGCUAACACUCGUGCUCUUAUUGCAUUGUAUCAAGAGGCCACAUGACCUCUCCGUAUAUAUAUAUAUAUGUACAUAUAUAUAUAUGUAUGUAUGUAUAUCUCUGGUUUGCAGAAACAGGUGAUGAUGAUGAUGAUGAUGAUGAUGAUGACAAUGAAGUUGAUGUUGUUGCAGACAGUCUGACCAGGUUGGAGCAAACCAGUAGGAGUACAAACACUUAUCUGCCCAUAAUGCUCAUACUCCCAUUCAUGUUGUUUGCCCAUUCUCUGUGAUUGUCAGGACUGCCAGCCAGUUGUCUAUGCUUCCUCCGGUGACUAAUUAUUCAUAAUUGUAAUGUCUUUUAUAUACAUUCCAUAAUAUUGUUGGUGCACUUUUUAUAUAAUAUGUUCCCUCUCACCCUCAAUCAUGUGUUCGUAAUAGCUACUACUAGCCCUAUCGGCAGCAUGAGCAAUGGUUACGGUUGUCCUCCCCAAGCUGUACACUUGGUGAGCUCCACAAGUGCCUGUUGAACCACUAUACCUCAAAAGUCUCCAUAGUAUCUCAUUCCAGUGGACCCAUAUCAGGAGUUUUGUUGUGCCCUUACAUAGCCGAUCAUAAAAAAAAAAAUAAAGUGGAGGCCGGGCUAACAAGCAGAGCUGCACAGAGGCUAAACUUGUUGAAUGUUUCUUGCAUUUGUUCAGAAGGCAGCCGGUCUCCACGCCACUCGACCCACAAUAGUUCUCAUAUCAAUGAAGGUUGGUAAGAGGCGAUGCUUACCGGCUAUGCUCACGACCCCGUACUUGUUACCGAUGCCUAUAAGCUCGUUCAGACCAACCGUGGGCAACUGUUGGUAAUUACCGUCUUAUUUCCAACCCACUUUUUACUGUGACGUGUUUGUAUGUUAAGCAUUUUUUGACAUUUUGUUUCUUUUUGAAUAUUAAUCGUUAUUUUUUUCUUUAUUAUUAUUUUUAUUGCCUCUUAUGGCAUAGCUGUAACUGUAGCUUGCAUUAGUAGGUUUGAGCUUGAUUUAUGUGUAUUGUACUUUUAACUUGGGGUGACCCGUGCCCAAUUAGCUUCUCGUAGGUAUGACAGCAAGGCGUCAGGGACUCAGGUCUUCAUUAUAGGGUGAAUAAAUAAAUAAAUAAAAAAGAAGAAAAAAAAUUAAAAUUGCUUCAGAAGCCUUGUUCUCUACAUUUUACGGUUGGUAAUAUCUUUUUUCGUCAGUGUGACUAAACUCUUUGCUGCGACACCAUUGUGUGGCGAGCCGUUUACCUUCCCUCAGUUAACCAGCACUGCCAGUGUGAAUGAGUGCUCAUCUAGACAUGCUACUCAGAUGCUGUUUCAGGAUGUGGUUAAAGAUCAAGAAUGAGUGAAAAGGUUUUUUUUUCUUUCUUUUUAUUUGCUAGUUAAGUUAUGAUGAUAAUAACAAUAACUUGGUGUUGUGGUGAUUUUCCUUUUUUUUAUAUAUGUGCAUAAUUAUUAUUAUUUAUA